AUGAGAAAAAUAGAAUUAGGAUCAACUGGAUGUUUAACAACUGUAACUGAUUCCUGUAAGUCACCUGAUGCUACAUGCCAGUCAAGUGGAUACUGUACAUGUAACAGUGGAUAUUUUGAUGAUAAUGGAAGUUGGGCUGUUGGUGGAAUUUGUAGGCAAAAAAUUGAAUUAGGAUUAACUGGAUGUUCAAAAGCUGUAUCUGAUUCCUGUAAGUCACCUCAUGCUACAUGCCAGUCAAGUGGAUAUUGUAGAUGUAACAAUGGAUAUUAUGAUGAUAAUGGAAGUGGAGCUGGUGGAACUUGUAGGCAAAGGAAAGCCUUAGGAGUACAGUGUUCAAAUAUACCAAAUGAAUGUGCUGAUGCCAAUGCUGCCUGCAUGGAUGACAAGUGCACAUGUGGUGACAAUCACUACGAUAAUAAUGGUUUUGAUGCGGGUGGAAGCUGUGAAAGUGUAUCUGAUCUUAAAGUUACUAGAAUAACAUUUCAAUCAGUAACAACUUCAGGAUUUAAAGUUUUAUGGACACCACCUUCAGGAGGACAAGCAUCUCACAUUAACAUGUAUAAAGUAGAAUGGAGUCUUAAAAAUUCUGAUAAUAGUCUGGCAGGAGGAAAUAGUGAGGUUUCUGCCAGUACUACAUCCUUUGAUAUCAGUACUGGUGUAACAGCAGGAAAGACAUAUAAGGUGAAGGUGACAUCAGUAAACACUAAAACUAUGCAAGGUCAUACUCGGACAACAUUUUUGACAUUGGAGCAAGCUUCAAAACCAAACAAACCAAGGUUACUGACAACUCCAGAUUUAGAUGCUACAGAUCAGCAGAUAAACAUUGGCUGGAGUGUCCCUAGUAGUGGUUUUGCUCUUUCUUAUAGAGUACAAUUAUUUGAUGGUACAAGUCCGCUAACAACCAAUGACACUUCUAAAACUUCUGUCAACAUUUAUUACCAAAAUAUGAAAAAUGGUUAUCAUUAUGAUGUGAAAAUCUCAGCAAGAAGUGAACUUUAUCAAGGAAGACAGGGAUCAAGCUAUGAAGAGAGUGAUUUUUAUGUGGAACAAAUCACAACAACAGUACAGGUACCAAAUCCUCCAACAGAAGUUAAAUGUGAUAUGCUGAAAGAUGAGUCUAUCACCUUGAAAUGGUUAAAACCAUUGGUUCCAAAUGGAGAUCUUAAGAGAUUUAACAUUGAGGUUUUUAAUAAGAGUAAUGAUUUGUUAUUUUCUACCAACACUGCUGAAGUUGUGGAAACUCAUCAAGUGAUGCAACUUAGUCCAGGAACCACCUACUGGUUUAAAGUAUACACAGAAAAUGUGAUGUACAAUUCAUCAGUAUCUGCACAGUCUCAGUAUUGUACAACAAAAGCGAAAUUAUCUGACCCUCCUGAUGGUUUUCAGACAACUGAGGUCACAAGUCGAAACAUCUCUAUUAAAUGGACUGAGCCUAUCAACUCAUACAGUGAAGAAAUCUACGGAUAUGUUAUUCAGCUGAAAAACCAAGACACUUGUGUGGAAGAAAUAGUUUAUAAAUGUUUAACCCCAAGUUGUUUUGGAACUUUUGAGCCUUCUACUUUAGAGGAUAUGUGUGACAGUAAUGUAAGAAAGUUGUUUCGUGUAAACAAACCUGAGCUUAUUGGUUCAAAGUCAUACCAGUUUUUGAAUCUCUUACCAGAUACAACUUAUACUAUUAUUGGUGCAGCUGUCAACAAUUUAGGAACUGGCAAUACUGUUCAAUUAGAUAUAACAACAGAAGAAGAAGCUCCACAAAUACCAUACAAUGUGGAAGUCAAUGAAAUGAAGACAACAUCCUUUAAAGUGACUUGGAAUAUAAAUGAUCCCAGACCUGGCAAAACAAACUACACAGUUAAACUGAUAGCUGAACAUCCUGCAGAGUCCAAAGAAGUUAUACUGACAGGGUUUAACAUUAGAGAAUAUCUUGCUGAAAAUCUUCAAGAAUAUUGGAAUUACAGUGUUUUAGUGACAGCUACUACUUCAAAAGGUUUCAAAACAUCUAUUGAGACGAUAAAAUACAGAACUCUUCCUACAGCACCAGGAAAAGUUUCAAACUUUGUUCUCACACCCAAUCCUGGUGGAAAUUAUACAAGGAUGAAGAUAAGCUGGCAAGCCCCAGACAUAUUGUUGCAGAAUAGUGUGAUAAAAUCAUACAGCUUUAUGUAUUUUCAAGACCAAAAAAUUGAAAGUAGACAUAGUAAAUCAUUUGAACAUGAACUAUCCCAAAGUCAUAAUUAUGAAUUAUUUGUGGAUGUAAUACCAGAAGAAACUUACACUUUUGAGGUGAAUGCAAUAAAUGAGCAAAACGAGACUGGAGAAAAAAACUCUGAAACAAAGACUGCCCCUGCUGGAGUUCCUAUCAACAUAGCAAAGACUCAAAAUAUUACAUUAAUACCAAGUGAUAAAGUUAAAAAUGUAGGAGAGACAAGACUGACAGUGUCAAUAGUGAAAGAAUUCUUUCUUGAAGAAACAUAUGGUAAAGUACAAGAAAGAGGUCUGUUUGUGUGUCCAAAGAAGGAUUGUAGUCUAAAAGAUACUGUGACAAUGUUAGCACACUUUGAUGGAAUGGACAGCUGGAAGGAAAAUAAAGAAUCUUACAGGGUCACAAAUAAAACAUGGUUUGAUGAUCUAGAAAAGAGUCAAACAAAAAGUAGGAGAAGACGUUCUGUUACUGAACUUGAAUAUACUGUUGGAGUAGAGGAUUGCUCUAAACUGAGUACUGACAAGUAUUGUAAUGGACCACUGCAACCUGGAUCAACAUACUACAUAUUUUGUGUGUCAUGUACUAGUGGAGGUUGUCUUGUAAGUGAUGGAAAUGGUCCAUUUAUAACAAAAGCAGUGCCAGAUGAGGAAGCAAAUCUGGGAUUGAUAAUUGGUUUAGUUGUGGCUGGAGUGGUUAUCAUAGUCCUGAUUGCAGUGAUUGCAGUUCUUUUACUGCGGAGGAAAAGGAGGCACGGUGAUGGCAUGAAACCUUCUCCAGGUGAAGACGAUGAUGAUGAUUUCACUAAAUUAGACCCAGCCACUGCCAACAUAAAAAGGAAAAGGCCAAUCAAUUUGAAUGAUAUUGAGGAAUAUGUCGGCAAUAUGCACAAAGACAGCAACCUGCUCUUCUCAGCUGAAUAUGAGGAGUUGAAGACAUUAAGCCCUAAACAUGCAUGUGAGGCUGCUGACAGAGAGGAGAACCGAAUGAGGAACAGAUACAUUAAUAUCAUACCUUUUGAUCAUUCCCGUGUUAAGUUGAGUACCAACGGAGAAGAUGACAGUGCUGACUAUAUCAAUGGUAACUACCUGCCGGGAUAUAAUUCACCACGUGAGUAUAUAGGAUGUCAGGGCCCUAUCCCUGGAACUAUUGAUGACUUCUGGAGGAUGACAUGGGAACAGAAUGUGUCAGUGAUUGUCAUGUUGACACUGUGCAAAGAAGGGCAGAAGAUAAAGUGUGAGCAGUACUGGCCUGAUGAAGUUGGCGAACCAAAGCAAUAUGGUGAUGUUAUUGUUGAAAUAACUUCCUACUCUAAUAUCCGUACAUACGAUUACAGAAUGUUCAGAAUUACAAAUGGCAGCACAACACGUGUUGUGAAACACUUCCAUUUCCUGAGCUGGCUAGAUUUCCAGGCCAACGUUCAUCAUGACAUUAUUCUAGACUUCAUUCAGCAUGUUCGGCAACAUGUCCAACCACCUGAUACUUCAGGACCUAUGAUUAUACAUUGCAGUGCUGGUGUUGGGCGUACUGGUACAUACAUUGCAUUAGAUCAUCUGAUGCAGUUUAUAAACGAGCAUGACUUUGAUGUGGAGAUAGAUAUAUUUGAUCUUGUUCUCAAACUGAGGGAGAACAGACAACACAUGGUGCAAACAGAGCAACAAUACGUAUUUAUCCAUGACUGUGUGAAGGAGAUUAUGGAACGCAAGAGAAGACAGAUGGAGAAUAUUUAUGAAAACCAAGGAUUCUCUCAAGAUGAGAAUAUCUACCAAAACGAGCAAAGUCUGUACGCAAAUGUGUCCAUCUCAAAGGCUGAGCAGAAUACAGAACUAUAAUGUGAACCCUGCUGUAGAGAAUCCUGAAAAUUGGAACAGUUGGAGAACAUCAGCUGUAGAUACACAUUUUAUCUUUAUCAAGGCUUCCUUGACAUUCAUUUGCACCAAAAAAAAAAUUAUUGGGUAUAAAAAUAGAAAUUAGACAUUUGAACUUUUCCAAAUAAAAGAAAAUAUACUAAAUGAUGUGCGAGUCAAUUGUUGUAAAGUUUUGAGAAAACUUUAUUUCAGAAAUAUUUGUAAGAAUAAAAACAAAACUAUUAAAACACCAGAAAAUGAAGAAAAAAUACAGAAAAAGGUAAAAACUUUGUAUCAGAAAAUUUUAUAAAAUAUAUAAGAUUGAAAAAUGCUUUGAAUAUAGCUUGAAAAAAAAAGGAAAUUUUUAUGCAAGCUUUCUAACACAUCAUGCUUACACUGUGUAACUGAAGUUUUUAGCAUAAAAGUUUGUUGUUGUUUUUAUUGAUUCUACAGCGAAACUCACAGCUAUGCAAAUAAAUGGCUUAAACAUGAACCUCUAUUUUAUAUUUAUCUUCAAGUUAUGUCUGUUAUCAUUUGUAUAUUUUGGUUGAUUAUACUAUGAAAUGUUGUACAUUUUAUUGACCAGAGGUAUUUUUAAUUUUAUAAUGAAAGACAUUCCAUUUUCACACCUUUUUUUGCUAUAUUUUUGCUAUAUUGAAAUAAUGUUAUUCAUAUGCAAAUUUAAUGUUUCUGCCAAAGGUUUACACUUACUACUUCUUACAUACCAAAAUUUAAGACUUACUCAAUAAUUUUUAAAAAAGUAACAUUGGUUGAUUUUUUUUAUUUAUUUGAAUCUGGCCAAUGGGAUGGUAACUUAAAGUGACUGGUUACAAAUUACAGUCUUACAACAUUAAGACCAGUCAAGCUUAUUUUCAGAUAUUCACGAAACACUUUUUUUCUUGCAAAGAUUAAAGUACCUGUUCUGAUUGUUGGUCAUUUUCAACAUGAUUUACAAAACAUUUCCAAAUUUUACAUUCCAGUCAAGUUCCUGUCUGUUCUUUUUGUAUAAGAAUGAUAUUUGUUUUGUUUGGGGUUUUUGUUUUGCCAUGAUGAAAACUUUGUCAUGAUUUAAGAGUAAGUUUUAUUUUGUAUAAAGCAUGAAAUCAAAGCUACUUUGCUGUAAGGGAUAACAAGUGUUUUAUUUAAUCAUGACAAUUUACACAAAUCAAUAUUCCAGAAAAAAAGAGUUAAAAUCCAAAUCUUGAUACUCUCUGUAUAUGUUUGUUUACUUGUUUUUUCAACCAUGACCAAAAGCAUAAUAAUAUCAUUUGUGUCUCUUUAUUUCAUCAUUUUUUAUAUAUAUUUUUUUGAAAUUUGCCUGAAUUUUGUAAUCAUUAUGUUGGAAUUAAAUUUUUACUCUUUUCUAAACAGGAAUAAUAAUGUUUAUCAGACUAGGAUACUUUUUUUGUACUUUCUAAUCUGGCGCCAUACUGGUGGCUGAUAAAAUUUGUAUAAAUUUUAUACUGAAAUCCCCCAACGUCACAAUGAACAGUGUUCUAAAUUCAAAGUAGGACAAGCCCAAUAUAAUUAUUCUGCUAGGGUAUAUGUUUCAGUUGUAUAAUUUCAGUGACUGACUUAUGCCACUUGUGGCAGAAAUGACACCAUAAAUGACUGGCAUGAAUGACUGGUUACUGCCAAACAUAUGAUAUUAGGCUUUAUAAUACUAGGGAAAUUUAGUAUAUGUUAAAAUUUCCAAGAUUUAUGCUGCAUAGUUCAGAAUUUAAGAUUUUGCUUGUCUAAUGCACAAAUUCAGCAUUUAAAUUUGUCAAAUUAGGUUGAUUUCAUUUUAUUGUGUAUUUAUAAGUGUGAAAUAGCAUUUAAUAUAUUACAUGAUUGUAAGAAUUAUUUAAAACAGGAGUUGUGAUCAGAGAUAUAUAUAUAUACCUAGAACACAUAUUUAUAAUUAUAGUGAUUAUAUUAUAGGACAAAAAUUUAUGUUUAGUUUUAGUUGGAUGAAUUAUAUAUUGUAUAUGUAGAUAUAUAAAAAACAAUAAGAUUCUGUUUAAAGUAUAAAUAGUAUAAAAAAAUUACAAUUAAAGCUGUUUGAAAUUAAUGUUUUGACUCAAAAUCAUAAAUGUUUGUGCUUGAUAUAAGUAUAAAAAAAAAUGAAAAAAAUGAUUUUUAAAAAAACAUAAAUUUCCAUAAUGAUUCAAAAUUAGGUGAAAAAGGUGACCAAAUAAAUUAUUAUUCCCACCUGCAAGAAAAUUAGAGGUUGCCUCCUAGGUAUGUCAGUCAAUAGACCAGACCUUGUCCUAUCAGUAACUAAAAAACACUCUGACAUACAUUUCUCACAUUUAAAGUGGCCUUCAGCUUUUAUAUUCUGUUGGAAAAACAAAACAAAGUACAUGUUCUUUCAAACUAAGUAUUUCAUUAAUCUUAUCUUGGAAGAGUGCAUCAUAUCACUGUUGAAGCCCAUUAACCAUUUUGAAAACCAGGGUUCCGAGCUACAUGUAUUUAUAACACAUACGUGACAUUUGUUUCUAAAUAUAGAAGAUGGGGAAACUAAUCUUCCGCUUUACUAAUUUAGAUAUGGAGCAGAUCAGUAGUUUAGAGAUAUCAAGGGCUUCCUUUAUUGUUUUUGAAUUUUAUCAUCCCCAAUUUUCAUUUUCCACCUAAAGUCUUUUCAUUUUACAAUUAUGUGAAAGUUACAAUUGAUCUGAAAAUAACAUAUUUGACCUUUAUAAAAGCUUAAGGCCACUUUAAUCGGGACUUAGGGAGUUUGGAUUUGACAUGAAUUUUGAGGAUAAUAUGUCAAGGUCACAUUUACUUCUUUCAUAACAGCUGAUUUUCAGAUUUGGUACCAUUGUUGGUAGCAUUACUUUUAUAAUACUUUUAUAAUAAGCUGCUACUGGGGGUGCAUUUAUAUGCUUCAGAAACAUCUCCUGUUAAAGAUAAGCUUGACUGUGUAUCAAGGGAUUGAGGUUGUAAAAUUAUAUAAAUAUUAUGCUAGAAAAAUAAUGUCUUCCAUUAUUC